GGAGGGCAAAACAUCAAUGCUCACCAUAGUCCUACUGGUUUUAUUGUUAAACUUAAGACUCGGAAAUGGAAUUUCUGCCCAAGUUACAGGGUGUGGACAACGGCCAUUGGUGGGUGCACCUGGCGGGUCACGCAUUGUUGGUGGCCGGAUUGCACCUGAUGGGGCAUGGCCUUGGCAAGUCAGCAUUCAGAGAGGUUUCCGGCAUUUCUGUGGUGGGAGUAUUCUCAGCGCUCAAUGGGUGAUCACUGCAGCUCACUGUUUCGAUUCUAACUUAAUUCGCUCGGACCUGCAGGUGAUGGCUGGUGAACGUUUCCUUUUGAGAAGAGGAAAAUAUGCGCAGCAUCGAAACAUCAAACAAAUGAUCAUUCACAAGAAUUAUUCUACAGCUACCAAAUUUGGCAACGACGUGGCCCUUCUGCAGUUGAGCACGCCGCUUCAGUUUACGGACUAUGUUCAGCCUGUGUGUACAAUCAAAAAUGAGACAGAGGAAAGGACCCUGAAAUUCAGCGCAUGCUUUAUCAGUGGCUGGGGAAGCACUAGAAAUGAGGGCCCCGGUGUAUUCAGACUGCGUGAGGCAGAGGUGGAUCUUAUUCCCAGAGAGACCUGCAAUCAGCUGGACUGGUAUAAUGGUUUCAUCAGUGAAAACAUGAUCUGUGCUGGCUUUGAGGAGGGGAAUGUUGACAGUUGCCAGGGUGACAGCGGGGGUCCUUUGCAAUGCUACAGUGAAGAACAGGAGAGGUUCUACCUUGUAGGAGUGACAAGCUUUGGGGAUGAAUGUGCACUAGCUAUGAGACCUGGAGUGUAUGCUCGCACCAGCAAAUACACUAACUGGAUGAAAAGGAAACAGGAGCGAUCAGCAUCUUCUGCUCUUGCAUAUUCCAUUCUUAUCCAUACAUCAUCAGUCUUAAGUGCUCUCUGGUUGUCAAUAUAAGGAAUAAACACAUCCAAU